AUGUGUGAGAGGGAAGAGGAGUCAACUAUACAUGCUUUGUGGGGUUGUCCAUCUGCAUCAGAUGUGUGGGCAGAAAAUAACAAUCCUGUUCAUAAAUGGGCAAGCUCAUUAGUGGAGUUCAUGGAGCUUUGGAAGCAGCUGAAUUAUUGUUUGGAGGAGGAGAAGGUUGGUUUGGUGGCAUGCACUUUGAGGAGAAUAUGGUUGAGAAGAAGUGCUGUUAUUUUUGAAAAGAAGUUUGAAGAUCCGAAAGCUUUAAUUAGUGCUGCUCAACAGAAUUUUGCAGAUUUUAGAGAAGCCAAUUCUGGUUCCAUGUCUACUCAGUCUAACAUAAUUAUAGCUAGAUGGAAGAAGCCUGAUGCAUUGGUCUGUAAAUCUAAUUGGGAUGCUGCCAUUGAUGCUACUAAUAAAAGGGUGGGAAUUGGGAUUAUAGUUAGCGACUCGGAAGGGGAAAUUCUUGCUUGUAUUUGCUUAAGAAUGAAUAAUUUGUUGAAACCUGCUUGUGCCGAGGCAUAUGCUUUGAGAAGGGCUAUGUUCUUUUGCUUAGAGCUGGGCUGUUCAAAUGCAGGUUUUGAAGGUGAUUCUCUGGUUGUGGUUAAUGCUACUAAUAGUGGAGGUGAAGUGAGUAUAGAUUAUAGUGUUAUCAUUGAAGAUACUAGGAAAAUGCUUGGUAAUAAUGUGAAAUGGUCUGUAAAGUUUACUCAUAGGGAAACUAACAAUGUAGUCCCACAUUGGCCAAAUUAG